UUUGAAUUUUGUAUUUCAGAAAUUCUCAUUUUUUGUUUUGAUGCUUACAUUGUUUCCAUUCUAAUUUUUGCCCAGGCCAACCCUCCCGACCCCAGGACAUUUCCAUUUAUAUUGCUUGGUAACAAGAUUGAUAUUGAUGGGGGUAACAGUCGUGUGGUGUCUGAGAAGAAAGCAAAGGACUGGUGUGCAUCAAAGGGGAAUGUACCUUACUUUGAGACAUCAGCAAAAGAAGAUUACAACGUUGAUGCUGCAUUUCUUUGUAUUGCAAAGACUGCUCUUGCAAAUGAAAAUGAGCAGGACAUAUAUUUCCAGGGCAUCCCUGAUGCUGUUUCAGAGUCUGAUCAAAGAGGAGGAGGUGGCUGUGCAUGCUGAAUUUAUUAGCGCGAUUCACCUCCACUGCUGGGUUGCCCAGUUUUCAUUGUUUUGUUGUCCCGAUUCAUAGCCAUUGUUUGUACACGUUGUAUACUAAGUUGUGUUGUUUAGCGAUGCUCGACUUUUGCCAUUCUGAGGAAAGUGGUCCCUGUUUUUGUCAGAGGAACGCCAAGGAAAGUAGUCACUGUGAGUUUUGCUUUGACCUUGAAAACGAAAUCGAUGCUUGUAGUUUUGACUUGUGAGAGAAUCAACUUCAUGGAAUUUUGAAAGUUAAUAUAUGGGGUAGAGUUACUUAUGUGAUCUUAA